GGUUAGUAUGCAUUGUUACUGUUUACCUACACACAGCAAUACCGAAAACGUGAUGCUGGGCGGAGUAGAGGGCGUGGGUGGGGCGGCGGAGGGGGAGAUCCUCACCGUCACCAUCGUGCGCGACGAGCACGGAUAUGGCAUGAAAGUCUCCGGCGACAAGCCCGUGUACGUCCAGUCGGUGAAAGAGCACGGCGCGGCGUGGCGCGCGGGGCUGCGCUCGGGUGACCGUAUCCUCUGCGUCGACGCGGUCCCGGUGCGCGAACACACGCACCAACAAGUUGUACAUAUGAUCCGAGCCAACCCGACGACUAUGCUCACCGUCCAGCAGAACGCGUCCAGACACAAGACUCCCAUCACUGCGCCCUUCCCUGUCAAUCCCGAAAAGCUCCGGCAGCUGGAGAUGGCCAAAGCUCACACCGUGCGACAGAUGCUCGAGAAAGAACAGACAUACAUCAGGGAUUUGAGGAAUGAAUUAACGAAAGUGCCAGAUGUACGAAAACAAGCUCUAUUGGAAUCAGCCCAACAACGCUGUUCAACAUUACAACACGAGAUUGACAAUAUUAUGGGUGCUCAGCCCGACGUGCCUGUACCGGCAACACCACGGCUCUCAUCACGAACCAAAACUGUGCACGAGAAGACCUCUCCCCCACCGAAUACCGGUUUUCUCAGUGCGCUGCCGAGAUCUCUGAGCAAUCUCACAGGACAGAGCUUAAGAAAUUUACGGCAGGCGCGAAUGAACAACAAGUCGCAAGACAUUCAACCUUUAGUACGACAAAAUUCGGAUGACAGCAGUCGGCGACGUCACGUCCAUAACAACACCGUGCCUAUGGUCCCCACUACCUGUCUAGACAAUGUCACUCCUCCUCCGUUGCCUCCCCGAUCUAUCGAACGCCCGAAAAGAAACGCUCUAAGUCCUCCGAAUCCAAUGAAUCCCUUAUCCAAACCUAAGCCUUGCACGUCAGCGACUCCAAUACUGGCAAUGCAGUCUCAAUAUGCGAGAAGAUACCCAGACUUUCCGAUGCACCAAUCGAUGCCAGCGUACAAUGAUAAUAUGAAACAAAUGAGGAAGUCGUCACAUUCGUUGGACGGGGAACUGGAUGGGCCACAACCGAACUCGAUCGCGUUGCAAAUGAGUUUUCCGUUGGUCAACGCGCCUCCGCCGCCUUUGCAGACUGACAAUAGAGGCAAUGUGCCCGUGCUACAUGUGAGGAGCCAGUCAUCGCCUGAACAUUUAGACCAUGAAUUACCUAGAACAGGAACAUUGUCCGAGAAGGAGGCGUGGGAACGCGGCACCCCGCCCCCCGGCACCCCGCCGCCGCCCUACGCUCACAACACGCAGCCGUGCGCAGAUCCUCAAAGAGCAAUCAUAUCAAUGGAGGAAGACGACUCACCCGCCUCAGACAACUCAACGUAUUCCGGUUUAUUUUCGAAUGUUCGCUCGGUGAGGGAAUCUAAAGUGAAAACUGCUGUCUUACUCAACUGGCUGUUAGGAGAGAGAAGAUGCGCGUGCGCGAAUCUCCUGCUAAUAAUCACGGACGGGUACCGCUCAGCGACUGGUGUCCCCAACACCACCCUGCGACGGUGGGCCUAUGAGAUACAGUCCACAUUUCUAAUGCCAAAUGCCGUUUUGCAGUUAAACGGCGUAGAUGAAAAUAUGGCAAACGAAAUUGAGCACGUGUUAGUUAAUGAAUACGAGAAGGAGGAGCUUCUCCGCAACGUGUUCCGCAAAGCGCGCCAGAAAGCGAAGGAGGAGCUGGGCCAGCAGCUGAACGAGUUCCAGGUGAAGCGGCAGGUGGGCCUGGGCACGCUGUACGGGCCCACGGACCACGUGAUCGCCAGGUGCCACGCCGAAAAGCAGCAGGAGCAGACGAUCGUGGAGCGCCUGCUGUGCGAGCGGCUGCGCGCGCUGGCGGCGGCGGGCGGCGGGGGCUGCCCCUCCCCCGCCUCCGCCGCGCCGCCCGCCCCGCCCGCGCUGGCCGAGGCGCAGCAGGCGCUGCUGGCCGCCGCCGCCGCCGCGGCGCUGUGCCUGCUCUGCCGGCCGGCGGCGGUGGCCGCGGCGGUGGGCGGGCAGCGCGCCGCCUUUCUGCAGCGGGACAAGCUGUACAAGCAACGCACCAAGCAGUUGGCCAAGACCCAUCCGCAGCCCUUCGUGGUCCGCGGACACCACUUGCAGCUGCAGGCGCUCACGUCGGUCGGCCAUUGUCACCACUGCGACAACGUCAUCUGGGGGCUGGCCCCGCAGGUGAGCGCAGGGCCCCGGUCCGCGAGCCGAGCCCGGCCGUCGGCUACAGCGGCCGUGUCUGUGCAGGCCUACGUGUGCGCCGAGUGCCAGCUGCGCGUGCACCGGCUGUGCGCGCGCAGCGUGGAGGAGGGCUGCGUGCUGGACCACGACCACUCGUCCAACCGCAUCUCGCGCUUCAUGGAGCGCAUCCACGCCAACCCCGCGCCCGCGCCCGGUCAGUGCCCCGCCGGCGCCCGCCACAGGCCCGCGCCCGCCGCUGACCCCGCGCUCUCCGCAGGUGCCGAGGCCGGCGACCGGAAGCCGCGCAAGGCGUCGGCGACGGCGACGGCGCACUUCCUCGGCGCGGAGCGCAGCGCUCGCAGAAUCGAAGACGAGCCGCCCUGGGACCAGACGCUGACGCCGGCUUCUGCUCAAGCUGAGUCCAUGGGCUUCCGCAUAUGUCUCACAUGUCCUGAGGAGCUUACCAAGUGCACUGAUCCCAGGAGUCAACAGCACCAUAUCAUCAGCGUAACUGAUAUUAUUAAUGAAAGUGCCAUCAAUAGAGCAACCCACUUUAGCGUUGCUGAGUUCCACGAUCAAUGCAUUAAUAUACAGGUUGAAAAGCUUGUGAGCUCGGCGAUGUAA